UGUGUGUGUGUGGGGCAUGGAGUUGUUUAGUGGUGUUCGCUGGGUUGGCUGCCUAUGUGUGUGUGGGGCAUGGAGUUGUGUAGUGGUGCUUGCUGGGUUGGCUGUCUGUGUGUGUGUGGGGCAUAGAGUUGUGUAGUGGUGCUUGCUGGGCUGGCUGCUUGUGAGUGUAGGUGUGUGUGUGUGUGUGUGUGUGGGGGGCAGUCCUGUCUGUGCUGUUCUCUCUUCACUCAGGGUAGUUGCCUCUCUCCCCUCUGGCCGUGGGACUGCUCACACUGGGGGCAUGACUUCUUCGUGCAACUUUUUUUACCAAGCAGAUAUUACCCUGUGCGGCUCCAGAUCUGUGGAUGAGUUUCAUCCCUUCAUUGAAGCACUUCUGCCUCACGUCCGAGCUUUUGCUUAUACAUGGUUCAACCUACAAGCCCGUAAAAGAAAAUACUUUAAAAAACACGAGAAGCGCAUGUCAAAAGAAGAAGAGAGAGCCGUGAAGGAUGAGUUGUUGAGUGAAAAACCAGAGGUCAAACAGAAGUGGGCAUCCAGACUCCUGGCAAAACUAAGAAAAGAUAUCCGGCCUGAGUACCGAGAGGAUUUUGUUCUCACAGUUACAGGAAAAAAGCCUGCGUGUUGCGUUCUCUCCAACCCUGACCAGAAGGGCAAAAUGAGAAGAAUUGACUGCCUUCGUCAAGCAGAUAAAGUCUGGAGGUUGGAUCUUGUAAUGGUGAUUUUAUUUAAAGGUAUUCCACUUGAAAGUACUGAUGGUGAACGUCUUGUAAAGUCACCCCAGUGCUCCAAUCCAGGGUUGUGUGUUCAACCUCAUCACAUAGGAGUUUCUGUCAAGGAACUUGAUUUAUAUUUGGCAUACUUUGUGCACUCAGCAGAUUCAAGUCAAUCACAGAGUCCAAAUCAGCAGAGUGAUGCUGAUAUGAAGGACCAGCCAGAGAAUGGACAUUUGGGUUUCCAAGACAGUUUUGUCACUUCAGGUGUUUUCAGUGUAACUGAGCUUGUAAGAGUAUCACAAACGCCUAUAGCUGCAGGGACGGGUCCCAAUUUCUCCCUUUCGGAAUUGGAUAAUUCUUCAUACUACAGCAUGAGUCCGGGUGCAAUGAGGAGGUCACUGCCUAGCACGUCCUCCACAAGGUUUAGAACGUCAGAUGUGAAAGUUGAAGAAGAGGAAAAAGUGAAUGCCAGUCCUGAGAGCUUACAGUCUGAGUGGAUCAAAUGUGUCCAUUAUUCCACAAAACGUCUCAAGUCUGUUGAGGACGAAAUGGACAGUCCCGGUGAAGAGCCAUUUUAUCCAAGUCAGGGUCGCUCUCCAGGCAGCCAGUCUAGCGGAUGGCACGACGUGGAACCAGGAAUUCCAUCGCCUACUACAUUAAAGAAGUCAGAGAAGUCUGGUUUCAGCAGUCCCUCUCCUUCGCAGACCACUUCCCUGGGAACGGCAUUCACACAACACCAUCGACCUGUCAUAACAGGACCCAGAGCAAGUCCACACGCAACUCCAUCGACUCUUCAUUUUCCAACGUCACCCAUUAUCCAACAGCCUGGACCGUAUUUCUCACACCCAGCAAUCCGCUAUCACCCGCAGGAGACCUUGAAAGAGUUUGUCCAACUCGUCUGCCCCGACGCUGGUCAGCAGGCCGGACAGGUGGGGUUCCUAAACCCCAAUGGUAGCAGCCAAGGCAAGGUGCACAAUCCAUUCCUUCCUACACCCAUGUUGCCACCACCUCCUCCUCCACCCAUGGCAAGGCCUGUGCCUCUCCCGGUGUCAGACACAAAGCCCCCAACAACGUCUACAGAAGGAGGAGCGGCCUCCCCCACAUCGCCUACCUACUCGACACCCAGCACCUCUCCCGCAAACCGAUUCGUCAGUGUUGGACCAAGGGAUCCAAGCUUUGUAAAUAUCCCUCAACAGACACAGUCCUGGUACCUGGGAUAAAACAGAAAUCACAGUUUUCCUUCACUCACCCAACAGACCACCUGCCCCUUCUCGUCUCUGUAACAAGGAAGCAAGUACCAACAAUAUGGCACCGUAAUUCAUGUCAUCUGAAGGGGAGACAAACUCAUGUCAAUGGCAAAACAACUUUGAAAAUGAAAGAAAAUCAUCACUUGUGGUCGCAUGGAAAUGACCAUAAAUAUUCAGCCUUAUUUCAUUAUUCAUUUCUCAAUUUGGGUUUUGAAGAGAUUCACCUGCUUAGUGAGAAGGGUUGGGCUUCAAAGCAUUUGAAGUGUUUUCUUGGUAGUAUAAAUGCAUAGGAGGUGCUGGGUAUUCGUAGUCUGAUGUUAUUUACCAACUAACUGUAAGACACUUUCUACUUGAAGCCCAACGUUUUCUUUGAAGCAAAGACUUCUUUAUACAAAUGGGUGUGAUGCUUCUUGAGGAAUAGUGAAGGAUUAGUCCCUCAGAAAAAUCAUAAAGCACUUACAAAUAUACAUAUAAUGUAUGCACUUCUGAGAAGACCUCCAUUUCUAAGAUAGUAGUUCAACUACUAGCUCAGUAACGCAGAACAAAAUAUCAAAGAAGUGGUCAAGUUUCUAGUUGAAAUUUUGAGUGCUAUUGGCCUACCUAACAUAUACUUCUAAAAUGUUUCUGGGUAAAAAAUGGACAAAGGGCUCCACCCUUUAAAAUAUUUUAAUUUGCUCAACCCACCCACAGUGACGCCAAUUUACAGAACACAUUUAUAUAUGUUUUGUUGCAUGGCAUAUCAAAUACAAAAUGGCCGCCAGGCCAACCUUCUUUUCUGACAAGGAGAUAUCACAUCCAUGGCCCAUGAGGAAAUGUAACGUUGAUAUAUAUAUAUUUGAGUUGCAGAGUGAUGUAAAAAAAUGACAAAUUCCUACUAUUCAGUUAAAAAUGCUGCACUUACAUAUAAGCUUUUUUUAAAAAAAAACUAAUUUUCAACAAGUACACAGCAACACAGUAAUGGGGAAGAUGGUCUGUUUUGACAGAAACUGACAGGAAUUAAUUAAAACAAUCGUAUUUGGAUUGAGUAAAGUGCAAUUUCAUUGGAUAGGUAAAUAUCUUUGUAAGAUAGAGAUUGUUGAAAAUUCUAUUUUUGUUUUCCAAGUCCUUCCACCCCAGGACUCUAAAUUAUUGGGGUAAAAAACAGCCUUGCAAAAGAAAGGGGAGCUAUUUUUGCUUUUUAAGUUUUUUAUUGUUAAACUUGUAUCCCUUGAAAAAAAAACUAAAAUGUAAAAAAAAUAUAUAUAAAAACAUAAUGGUGCUUUUACCACAAUAUGUUAACUACAUUAAAUGCUAAGUAAUCAUUUUUUUGUUAUCAAAGCACAUAACUAAAAUGAAAUCAUAAUAUCUCUUAUUUUAUAAGCUAAAGUCACUAAUAAUGGAGUUUGCCAAUUUAGACAAAUGCAACAUUUCCCAACGCAUAGGACUUAGACUCCUCAGUAGAUUCUUCAGUAGUAUAAAUAUUCGGACACAAUUAAAGGGAUUUAUAACUCUGGUGUCUGGAUAUUACACUGAGGGAUCCUGAGCUAUGGCACUUGCUGAAAACAAAACUAAUUGGAUUAUAAACUUCAUAUAUGUUAUGUACUUUUACAAAUUUAAAAAAAGACAAAAAAAGACAAAAAACUAAAAAAAUAAAAUACAAUAAUUUUUUUCUACCAGACAGUGAAGCAUCCCUUGGCUUCGCAUGCAACUUUUAAGAAAUUUUCCUAUACUAUACAUAUAUAAUAUACAUUUUAUUGGCAGAUUACGCCAAUAAGAAACCAGUUUCUGCAUGUUCUAGUGUUAGUAACUCAUUUUUAUAUAGAUAAUAUAGGAUAAAGUAGAGUGCGCUAAGACAAAACGUUUUAAUCCCUAUUCCAGGCACAUGCCUUUUUAACCCCUCUGCUCAGCCAAAAUUGCCUCUUUGGUAGUGAAGGUGUUCAACUCUGUUAAAGGGUUGCUGCUACUGUCCUAUACAAUCAAAUACAUGAAAUUCUCGGGAAGACACUUUGCUCUGCAUCUUUUUUCCCCUGAAUUAUUGUUUUUAAAUAUUUUUUAUAUUAUUUUAUUUUGCUAGUGCCAGAGGGCUCAUGCAAUUUUUUUAUUUUUUUUUUUAAGCAAAGCAGCGCAUUGCAGGUCCAUAUGGCGCUCAGCAGGUUAAUUUGCACGGAGACAAAAAAAAAUUCCAUAUCAAUGUGCCUUGCCCUGGAUAGCGAUUAUUUGUGGAAUUGUUGCACAUGUUCCUAUAUAGGUAGUGGGGAAAUGAUUCCUCAAUCACGUGUUUUGAAGACACUUUUUUUUUUAAUUGUAAAUGUUAUCUUUGUCUCAGACAUUGCAGACGUCACCACAUAGGUAGAUAUUUUAGUUGUACCCCACCAAUAAGUAGUAUGCUUAGUCUUGUAGUAUCUGUACUAUUCUGCGUAGGAGAGCAGUAUUUUCGGGAUGUUUGCUGCAUUGUGAAAUUCUAAGUCUUCCUUUUAUUAUUUUUUUAUUUGUUUUUGUUAUUUUCUUUCUCCCUGAUCAAUGAAAAUAUGCAAUACCUGCUUGUAAUAUGUAGUUUAAGCCUAGCAAAAUAUUAGAUUUGUUUUUAUUUUAUUUGACCAAAGUUGGUGCUGCACUUGACGCAGUUAGUUAUUUAGUCUUUGUAUGCACAUACAGGAGGGCCUCUACUUAGGGUAGCAGUAAAACUGUGAAGCACUAAGAUGAUCCCUGCUUUGAGCAAUUUUUUUGUUACAACUGUUCCUAUCACAAGCAAGCCUUAAACAAAACAAAAAAAAACACAAAAAAACAGACUUCCUUUUAUCCAAGUCCCACACACCAUUUUUAUUAGCAGCCAGAAAUCUAUCCACCAUCUAUGAAAACCGGAUAUAAUGCCCAUUUUUAUAUGCACGUUUUUAAACUUCCAAGUUCUGAAACUUGUUUACUGGUUCUCUCUAUUUAAAAAAUAAAUAAACAAAAUGUUUUUGGAUUUUUUCAUAUGUGUCUGAUAUGUGAUUGAGUAGUUGUAUUGUGUGAUGUGUUGUGGAAUAGCCAAUAGCCAGCAUAUUUUGCCUUCCCUUAAGCACUUAGCUGGGCAUUAUUACUUAUUGACAUAUUUGUGCACUAAUCUAGCAGCUUUCAGUGCUUCACAGUGAAGGGUUAAAAAAGCCUAGACAAACAUUUAUUUCAGCCUAAGUCAAGGCAUUACCAUAAAUUGGUUGUAUAUACUAUACAAAUGCACCCUUUUUUAGACAAAAUAAAGCAAUACAUUGGGCAGGUGUAGAUAUGUUUUGUUUGUUUUAGUUUUACGCUGCAAAGAGAGAACUAGCUGCCCGCUCAGAUAUGUAAUUUGUAUGUUGUAUAGUUUUAUCUAUAAUACUGAUUUAUUCUACCCUAUUUUAUAAUGCAGGACUUUUGUAAUGUUGUUUAAAUGAGGAGACAUUUCUGUCAAUAUAACUUAGCAGACUUUCUGAUUGUUUGUUUUUAUGGCAGCGUUCCUAGAUAUUUUUUUUUUUAUUAUUGUUGUUUUUUGUUCCUUUUUGGAAACGGGAUUUAAGUUAUAAACUUUCCUGUUUCCUUUUUAUAUGUAUUUAAAUACAAUUAUUUUUCUUUUCUCAAUGAUUUAGCAUAUUCCUGUACUUUUGAAGUAUGGGCUACUGAAUAACCAUUAUAAAUGGAAACUACAGAUAUGCUAUAUAUAUAUAAAUAUAUAUUUGUUUUGUUUUUAAUGCGUUCUCAUUAAGUCUGAAUCUAAGGUUAGGGAACUCUGAACAGAUUUGCAGAUACAAUUUUUUUUAAAAGGCUUCAAGACAUUACACAGGCAGUCAAGGAUGUUAUCGAACACACGUUUACUUUAGUUCAUCUUUACUGCAGAAAAUACAGCAGGAAUAAUCCAUGAAUCACUUUUGUUCAGUUAUGAUCUCAUAAAGAUUUAACAAUAUAUCAUUUAACUGGCACAUACUUGUGUUGGGUGUGCAGCAUAAUGGGGCAAAUUAAACACUCAGUGGUGGGGUGUCUUUGUUAAGUUUUGUUACCUUAAUAGCGCUGGUAAUUUUAAGCGCUUUCAAAGGGCUAUAUUACGAGUGGUGCGCUAACUGUUGCGUGUAAGCAUAAAAGGGUUAUAUUGCGUCUUUGCACGUGUCAGAAGUAGCGCACAUAUUACCAGUUGAACAUAAACAUGGACGCUUGAGUGCAAUUUUAACGUGCUUUGGGAUAGCGUGACUUCAGAGCUCUGGUGAACUGUUCCACUCGACAAAAAAGUGGGGAAAAGACAUCAAAACACACAUAAAAGUACAGUUACAAUCAUAAUAAUAAUACCGUCUGAUGCAAACAUAUUUAAUUAAAAUAUUGCAUUAAAAAGUUAUAAGGGCUCAAAGAUAUGAGGUCUCAAAUGUUAGAAGAAAGAAAAAGGACUAAAUAUGUAUAUGUAUCUAUACUAUAUAUAGGUAUCCAGUUUGGCUUUGCCCACUUUCUAUGUCCACUGGUAGUCAGAGAUUUACAUAGCUCACAGAUGACUCCAACUCAUGUUUCUUCAUUCAAAAGAACAUAUAUUUAUUUCAAUGUUUCGGCCCCUUUUUGGGCCUUAUAUAUAUAUAUAUAUUUAUAUGUGUGUACAUAUUUAUUUAUGUGUAUAUAUGUAUUUACAGACAUAUAUACACAUAUAAAUACAUAUGUACACAUAUAUAGACAUAUCUAUAAGUGCAUCAGAGCCCUUUGCAGUCAAGUAGCUGAAAACAUGUAAAAUCAUAUUUAUGCAAUAUUCCUAUUUAAUAAAGUGUACUGUGUAUGUACUGUACAUUGUUCACCUUCCAAUGUUCUUCACAUAGGGGAAUAUGUGUAUUUAUCAAUAGAUAUUCCUAUAUAUAUCUGUGUAUAUCUAUAGAUAAUCAUAUAUAUAUAUACAUAUAGGUAUAGAUAUAUAUUUAACCAAACAACCAUCAUAUUUGUAUGUAUAUAUAUCUAUGAAUAAACAGAACAUAUUUCUCUGUGUGAAGAACGUUAGAAGGUGAAAUAUUAAUACGACUUAGUUCACUUAAGAAAACAUGAUCGGGUUUGGGUGUGAGUAAGUGUUUUUCUACUUUUUGUGCUCUAUUGAAGCCUAUGGGGGAAUAAGUUAACGCAGUUGCAAUAUUCGUUCAGCUUUUUGCACGUCCGGUUAGCGCUAGUGCAAAAACUUUUUUCUUUAAACUUGUAAUAUGCGCUCUACCCAAGCGGGAGCGCAAAGUACUGCUCCACUCGUAAUCUAGCCCCAAAUGUGGCAGUAACGCCAUGCUGCUGUUGUAUAUAUCCUUAUUUAUAUUGGGGCAAUGUUGUCUGCAAAAGAGUUUUUAAAAAAACAUGGCAUUGACUGUGGCUUUCACUCAUCUGAUUCACAUGAAAAGACCACACACUGAAGAAUAGACCUAUGUUGAGGUAUUAGUUCUCCGUAUAUACUGAUGUCUCAAGUAUAUUUUGUAGUGCAGAGUCUCAACAAUAUGUGGACCAGCUCUGUGAUCAAAGACUCAUUUUGUAGUAUUUAUGGCCAAAUAUUGUCACCAUGUAUUUGACAACAUAUAAAUAACAGCAAAAUGCGUUGGACUGUUGUGGAGAAUCAAGACUUUACCUGGGUUAUAUUUAAUUCUGCCAUUCAGAUAGCAUUAUUGGUAUAGGAUAGUCAGUAUUACAACCUUCAACUUGACAUUGGACACUAAUAAGGAAGAAUAAAAAAUAUGGGAUAUUUUAAACUGAUAAAUACGCUCUAAGGAUAACAGUACUAUAUGUCAUUAUGUCUUUAUUGUGGCCCCUCAGAACUGUUAUGGUAUAAUUCAUUUAUGUAGAUAAUUGCCCCCUGUGUUUGCUCCACAUACACAUCUUGCUUUUUGUUCAAGUGGAAUUUACCCUAAAACCUAAUGUACUAGGAACCUCCCAAUCCCAGGUGUUCAUGUAUGUAGUUACAGCCCUGACUCAUGCACUGUGUCUUAAACUGUAGAAUUGAAAGCGUUGUAAAGAAGUGUGGUUAUAUAUUAAUCCAGUGGGAAAUACAAUGAAAUCCUUAAAGGGACACUGUACCCAAUUUUUUUCUUUUGUGAUUCAGAUAGAGCAUGCAAUUUUAAGCAACUUUCUAAUUUACUCCUAUUAUCAAAUUUUCUUCGUUCUCUUGCUAUCAUUAUUUGGAAAAGAAGGCAUCUAAGCUUUUUUUUGGUUUCAGUACUCUAGACAGCACUUUUUUAUUGGUGGAUGAAUUUAUCCACCAAUCAGCAAGGACAACCCAGGUUGUUCACCAAAAAUGGGCCGGCAUCUAAACUUACAUUCUUGCAUUUCAAAUAAAGAUACCAAGAGAAUGAAGAAAAUUUUAUAAUAGGAGUAAAUUAGAAAGUUGCUUAAAAUUUCAUGCUCUAUCUGAAUCACGAAAGAAAAUUUUUGGGUACAGUGUCCCUUUAAACAAAAAUUAAUUGGUAGGAACAUCUCUAUUAUUUACUUAGAUGGGUUGUCUCAAGCAUCUAAGUUACCUAACAACAAUUGUGAUUAUUUUUGAAAGCAAAGAUAGUUAAGAUUAUAUUAAUUUUGCAAACACAUUUCAUGGUAUAGUUUAGCCUACCUAUAAAAAUGCAUUAUGCACUACAUGAAUAUUUUACUUUCUAGGUCUCAGUGGCAUUAACUAUAGUUUUACGUUUUAUGUAAAGUGAAUCUGCUACUGAUUCCCUGACAGUUGAAUAGAAAAACCUAAGUGGGCCCUCUGUAGUUUUAUAUAUAUAUAUAGUUUGUUCACUACUUGCCUUUAGUAUGGUCGGUUUGGAUUGUUAGGAAUGCCCCUUUACACAUUAUUUUUAGCAAUAGGAAUAAAAGCUGGUUGAAGAACUCCCUUUGCAUUUUAGAAACCUCCUUCAUUUGAGUACAGGAAGUUUUAGUCAAAUUCUUCUUUAAAUGCUGAAUCAGUCUUCUGGAAUAAAUUUGUUCCAAUUUGAAACAGAACAAACCCAAUUGUUAGGCCACAAUUAUAUAAAGAUUUUUAUGGUUAUUUUAAAUUUAAAUAGGGUGCUACUUACCAUGCUGUAUGCGUUUAUAAAAGCUGCAACCUUCCAACUGACUUGAAAAAAGUGGGUUGAUUUCAGUACUUGACCGUGUCAAGUCAGUCAAAAGAAGUCCUGCUUCCUACAUAUGUUCAAGGUGUCCAGAAAUUUGUCCGGCUUUGAAACAAGCCAACUUUAAAUGACACUUUGCCUACAUGUUUUUUGACUUGGUGUAAAUCAUUUGCUUAUUUUCAAACAACCUCACUCAAAGUCAUUUAAAUCAACCUGCAAAUGAUCUUAUUAGCCAGCAAACAUUUGCAACCUACAUUUAUUAAGUUAACAGACAAUAUCAGCAUAUUAGUUCUAGUACUGUCAAGGUAACUGAUUUUCUUAAAUAGCUGACUUGACAUGACUUAGGCUUUGCAAGUAGGUUGUAAAAGAUGACUUUACAAUUGACUUAUCUUUUAAAAAUAGCCUUGUUAGCUGUUUUAGCACAAGCCAGUUUAAUUUUGGCUUAAUGUUGCCCAAGUGUAAACUUAUUCAUAUAAUAUUUGAGGGGUUUAAUUUUAAAUGUAUAAAGGGGAGUUUCCUCUAAAAGACAUUCACUCUAUAUAAUGAAUUACUCUGCUGGCUAAAAUAAUCUAGACCUUUUAGAAAAUGAUAUUCUGUUUUAUGGCUUGAACUUUUGUUAAAGGGACAGUUUUAGAACAAUUUUGUUUGUUUUGAUAGACUUUAAAGUACGUUUAUACAGUGAUGAUGCAUUAAGCUGAUUUGCGUAUCUUGGUCUGUCGUAGGACUGGGAACUCAUUUCAUUGUAAAUAAUUAAAACCCUUUCUAGCAAUCAAGGGUCAAAGUCUUCCUCAUUGCAGGUUUCAAGCUGAAUCUUAGCAGUGCCUUUGAUCAGCAUUUUGUACUGACGCACCAGAGUUUUUGACACUGCAGUACAGAACUGCAUUUCCAGGGAGAAAUUCCCAGUUUGAAUUUUAGUUUCUAUUAUAAAAAAUAAAUAUGAAAAUAAAAGAAACAUAAUGGAUUUACAUUUUUAAUAAUCAACUAUUUAUAUAAUAAAUCUGUAGCAUAAGACAUGCAGAAAUGUCAGUCAUAUUCUCCCUAUUCCUUAUUUAUAUGAAUUAUGCAAUCUUGUUAUAGUGUAAUGCUAAAUGAAUAAUUGCUACAUAGAUAAAAGUCUGAUCUUUGUCCAUCGCAGCUUGAAAGUAGAUAUGAGCUAUGUACAAAACUAAAAUUUUACUUUAAAUAGUGAAAGCAAUCCUCAAAAUGCAAUGUGAAUUACUUUAACACUACAGCGCGCCAUGCCAUGAAUAGAUUGGUUAAUAAACCGUAACUGAAUAGCAUGCAUACAACGCAGCACCUGCAUUACUAAAUGCACUUUUCUCUGUAUUUUUUUGUUGUCUUUGUUAGAAAAGUGUAGAUUCACAGAUCUGCUGCACACCUUAAUGAGGUAUAUAUAUAUAUAUAUAAUUAUAUAUAUAUACACACACACACACACUGUAUAAUAAUAUUUCAGUUGUGUUUACUGAGCAAAUGGGCUAUAAUAAAACCAAAUAUGCCACAGGACCCCUUCAGACCACAAUGCACAUCACACAAUGUAAAAUCUCCUCCAAUCACAGCAUUUAGUUAGCCCACAGCCAUUUUAAAGGGGCACUAUAUUCAAGUAUAUCUGUUAUUCAUAUUAAGAAGCAGCAACUAAAAUUAUUGAUUUUUUUUUUGUAUAAGUGUAAUACAAAACUUAAAACUGUUUAAAUUUAAACUAUUACUGCUGUAUCAGUUAUGUGUUUUCUUCUGAUGCUCAUUGGCUGAUAGACACAUCCUGCUAAUGAUAAUUGGCUGACUGGAAUUUUUUUAUUCUUAAUGCUCAUUGGUUGUUAAGUACUUCCUGCUGAUGCUCACUGUUCAUUUAAAGGAAGUACCUAUAAACCAAAUAGCAUUGGCAGGAAAUACACAAAUGAUACUGAAAUACUAGUUUAAACCACUUUUACAUGAUAUUUUUUUUUAAAUUCCUACAUGUUUUAUUGCUGCUCUCUCAUAUGGAUGGCAGAAACAUUUUUAGUUCAGUGUCCUUUUAAUAUCCCAACGUAAUUUGUUUUCAGUUUCACUUUUUUCCCAGCUUGUUAGUAAUAGUAUUCUGAAAUAAAUAUACAUUUUUGUUGUUGUACAGGUUUUCCUUGUAGUGAUUUUUUAACAAUUUUGAUCAGUUGUACUUUUUCAUUGUGUCUCUGUGGGCCUCCAUGAAACAAAACUAAGGUAUGAAUGGCACGGUUUAGUAAAAAAGAGCCUCAAUGGCACUUUAACACAGAAGUGUAGAUAUUAAGGACUUAGUAUGGAAGUCCUGUCUACUUUAUUCCAGACUUCAUUCAAUUAAUUCUUGGAAUGCCAAUAUGUCUUGAUGCAUGCGUUACUGUUCAGCAGUAAACUAUCUAUUAAUUCUUUACGCAUCAAGUCAAAGACUGAACAACAGUUGUUUAACAAUCACCUUUUUUGCUUAGACAAAAAAACUUAUUUAAAAUGAUGUUGAUGUAACAUUUAAGCUUUUCUGUACCACUUAACUGUGUCACCAAUUCUGAAAUCAUGUUAGUAAUUAAUGCAAAUACCUUACAUGGUGCUAUUGCAGUCUGGCAAAGUGAUUUUUACGAAGAAGAAAAAAAAAACUAAACUUAAUUUGGGCUCAUUAAACUCUGCUUUCCAACAACGUACAUGCAUAGCAGUAACUAUCUGCAUGAUAACUAUGCACUAAUCCGAGCAAAUAUCAACCUUUCAUAUCUAUUUUUGAGUUACUUCAAACCUUGCCUUUUUGGUCAUUGUUAUAAAUGCCAGCUUUAGGACAGAACGUUAUACAAAUAAAAACCAGCAUAAUAUCUGAUGUAUAAAAUGUAGUGCCUGUGAAAUCUGUAUUAUAUUGCUCUUCUGAAGUAAGACUUUUUGUACACCAAUAGCCUUCGCUGUCUGUCAGAUACUUCUGAUCUAUCUAAUGUAACAUAAACAGUCAAUAAUAAUGCAUGUCAUUUCAUUUUAGUGAACUAUAUGAAUAUAACUCAGAGUUAUGUUAGACUUUUUCUGACUUGGUUAUUGUCAGAUAAUUUAAAGAAAUGUCACAAAAAACGCAAAUUCUGAUUAUUAUUUUUUUUGGGGGGGGGGGAGUUUUCAGUAUUUUUGGAGGUAUACAUUUUGCUUAAAUUCAGUAUUACUUGUGGAUAUUUUUUUAUUAUUAUUUUUUUUCCUUAUUUUAUUUUGUUUUCCCUCAUGGGUAAGCAUAGGUUUCCACACAGAAAACUGUCUAGCUGUUUAACCAUCUGAUUUUUUCUGGUAACUUUCACUUAUAAGCUUGUAUAUAAAUUGCCCGAAAAAAAGAAAAGGAUAUAAACUUCUGCAGCAUGUGUAAGCUGAUCCAAGCUGAAGAGGUUGUAAUCUAAACAUGAAAUAAACAGCUAGACCAAUGCUUUACCUGUCCUGAAAGCAUUCGCACCAGAUCUACUUGUAUCAUAAACUAUACAAUGCUACAAAAACCCGGGCUGUUUGUUACCGUGCAGAAGGUCAAUAUUUUUUUCUGUUCUUUGAUUAAACAUUAUGCAAAUGUGAGCCUGGUUCAUGAAAUGUAUUAAAUAAGACACGCAUAAUUAAAUUAAUUAGGUAUAAUAUAUAUAGGUAAAUCAUGGUAUAAUGCAGCCGCAGAAUACAGUUCAGUCAUUUAAGGUUGAAAUGAUACUUUUGACGUGUUUAAAUUGUAGAAUAAAAUGAAGUCACUGUUUUUAUAUUAAAAAAAAAUAUAUAUUAUAUAUUUCACUUGCAACUGGAUCUCAGAUUUGUAUUGUUUACCUUUUUCCAUGUCGUGCUCUGCGCAGGGCACUGAGGGAUGGGUAGCGCCACACUGGCAUUGCCAUUGUCUCACAACAGCCCUAUAAAAUGCCAAGGUGCGAAGUAUAUACAGUUUGCACCCUAUUUUAUUUGCCUCUGUAGAUGUAGCAUAGUUCAUGAGAACAUCAACACAUUUUAGGAGCUUUAUUUGCACUUGUUACUAAUCUAAGAACCACUUUAUAUUUGUGAAACAAGAUUUUUAUUGAAUUAAAGUGACCUUAAAGUAAUGCAUUAGCUUUACUGCAUGGUGUCAAUGUCCAUAGGACAACUGCAGUACAGGCAAGCAUUACAAAUAUAUAGGUUUUGUAUUUGUGGUCUCUAAACUCUACCCAGCUGAACUUCUUAAUUUUUUAUUUUUUUUUCACUUCCAAAAACAUCUGUAGCCAAUAUUGCAGGAUCAUGAAACAAUUAAAGAUAAUGUCUCAGGCCCUACAGCCUCUGAUUCACUAUAUUGCCUGUAGCCUAGUAAUAUUAGUAAUGAAAAAUAGUGGCAUGGCAUGAUAGCACGAUACAAUCUAGAGGCUGCAAAUAUGAAACAUGCGCACACACGUCACAAAUACGUGUGUAUAUAUAUAAAUGGACAUCCGUACUGCAAUCCUAGAGACAUUUAAGUGAUGUAUUAAAUUUAAUGCAUGAGUUUAGCAUUUUUAUUAUAAUUUUAACAAGUUUAAGCUUUUACUGAACAAAGGGCAGCACCCAAGCCUGCAUCUGACCAUGUAAACCCUUAUUUUGUGUUAAUCAAUUGCCUACGAAAGGGUCUUUCAAAAUCCUUUGUGUCUGUGUUUAAUACAGUUUCUGUUUUAUGAACCAGGCUUUGUAACUCUUGUUAUUUUGUAUUCACUCUCAUGAUUAUCAUUUUAGUUUUACUGUGUUCUGUGAAAUUUUGUAAUUGGUUGAGAAUCACUGUGGGCAACCAUUCUUCUUCAACUAAAUCUCUGCAGGUUUUUUUGAGCUGGUGUGGAUUAGUUAAACUCUUGUAUUCAACCAUUAGUGCAGCCACCUCUCACUUUACAAUACAAUUACUGGAAGCAAGUACUGCAUUUCCUAUGCAACAAAAAAGGAAAAUAAAAAAAAUUGCUAAUGCUAA